AUUCGGUUCUGAAUCAUAAGCUGAGCUAUGUCCUCGGACUUGAAUGGGUCGAUUGCUCCGAUCGUGCCGACUGUGCCCGGAAGAAGGGGGAGCAAUGGGGGUAAUGUGUACAGCGGGGGAGGGGUGCAGGAAGAGCCUAGUUUUACUAUCCUCCUUCCGACUGUGCUCGGAACACUCGGUUGUCUUUCACAGGUGGUGAUGAUUCUGAUAGCGAGGGGUCUGCGAGGAGACUAUUCUGCCAAGACGUUCCUCUGGUUCCUCUCAGUGGCUCAGAUCCUCCAGCAACUCUCUCUCAUCUACCUAGCUAUAUGCGGCUCAAGCACGGACUUCUGUGUGUUGCGCGAGAACGACACUCAGUGCAAGAUGUUGAUCCAGCUGACGUGGUGGUUCUGGCUCAUGCCAGACUGGCUCGCAGUUCCAGUCUCCCUCGACAGACUCAACGCCAUCCUCAGUCCUGUCUGGUACAAGGAGAACUGCACUACUCGGAGUGCGUGGCUGGUGAUAAUACCGCUCGUCGUCCUCAUAGGGGUCACCCUGUUCCCCAUCUCUCUAAUGGCCCAGUUGGUCCAGAACGGACAGUUCCGCAUCUGCGUCACUUCAAAUGGAAAAGCGGAGCAGUUCAUGAGUCUGGUGGGUCUGCCGGCCAUAGCCAUAGUGUCCGUGUCCACUCUGGUGCUGGGAGUGGUGUUCCACAAGAGACGCGCUCUUCACAGUGCUGCCCAUGAAAGAGCAGCGACUCUGGCGCUGACUGGGAACUCGUGCAUGUAUGCUCUUUUCGGCACAGUGUCCUACUGUUUCGUGUUCUACGCGUUCAUGAUCCUGACCAGCAACAACGCAGAUGAUCUCAUCUUCUACUUGGGAAUCGGACAGAUGGUGAACUCUUCCGGACUCAUUCUGCGCAGUCCCAUCCUGCUGCUGAUGAGACCCAUGCGACUGGCUCUCAAGCGGGGGCUGAGAGACUGCUGCAAAUGCCGAACGCAAGUCGGAUAA